CAUCGUCUAUCUCAACAACCUACACAGACUUUUUGAGCUUGCAAAGUAAUCUAGCACACCAGGGUCACAUCACCACAUCUAUAAAUAGCGGGGGAGUUCUUCCCAUCCAUAUCAAACACAAGUAAUCAACACCAUGAAGACCUUCUUCUUCCUCCUUGCUCUCCUUUCUCUGAGCCUGGCAGCAAGCAGUGCCUUUGCUCAAUGCAACGAUGUUCAAGGCCAGGGUGGUUAUGGGCAAUGCCAUGAGGACCAGAUAAAGAAGCUGGACCUUUGCCAGGAUUACAUGAUGGAGCGUUGCAGGGAGAUCGGGUCAUGGAGAUGGGUCCCAAACUGCGAGGACUUGCGGCGCCAGUGCUGCGAGCAGAUGUCGGAGACGUCGCAGCAGUACCGCUGCAAGGCCAUCUGCAAGGGGUUCCAACGCGAGCUGAGUGAUUUACUGAGACAGAGUGCCGAAUUGGGUCCUCCUUUCACUCCUUCCCUGCAAGAGCAGGUUCCCAAGCUGAUGCAGAGGGCCAACAGCCUGCCCUCCAUGUGCAACAUGAACCCAGGCUACUGCAACAUCUCCCCCAUCGGAGAUUGCUACUGACCAUGUAUGUAGCUUCCAUUGGUGACCAAUAAACCUUGUCAUGUACCACCGUAUGGGACCAAUAAAUGUAGUCACCAUGGAAUAAUGUAAUGAAUAAAGUUUCCCUUGCAUGUGUU